AUGCAGUCUGGGUACUUCAACACCGCUUGUAAGGAAGGGAGAUGGAAGGAAGGAUCUACCGAUGUGAUUACCUUGAAAGCUGCAUCCGACGUGAUAGAGGGAGAUGAUCCUUCCAUUGUCGAUCUGAUGAUCACCUUCCUGUACGAAAACGAUUACCAACCCAGACUUGACCAGAUUGCACUGUCUAUAGACGAGCAUCACCAGGACGAAGGACCAGGGAUUGCCAUCGAAGUGCCCGACUCUGAGAGCACGAGCAAUGAGGUGCAGGGCCCCAUCGACCACGGCAACCCGAUGGAGGUAGGGAAGGGGAAGAAGGCGAAGGGGAAGAAGAACAAAUAUGCAUCCCUGCGGGCACAAGAUUUGUCAGAGGACAUAAAUGCUCCAGCGGCACGACCUACAAAUGCGGAAAGCUUCCUGCCAGUACAUGCUAAGGUCUUUGCUCUUGGUUCCAAAUACGACAUUCCUCAUCUGCAAAGCAGAUCCAUUGCCAAGUUCAAAGCAACUGCUUGUCUGUGGUCGAAGGAUGAGCUUACUGAAGCAAUCUCGAUCGCGUUCAACACCGCGCCUGACAACAACGGUCUUCGCGUUGCUAUCUAA